UGAAGGCGAUUAGGCUAACAGUCGACCAACGAUGCACUCGACCAAGUCAGCCCUGCUCCUGAUCGCUUUGGCCCUGAGUGCCAGCUGUGUGGUGUCCAGCCCGCAGCCGGAACUGGGAUUGGAGGAUCUCUGGGAUAGCCUCAACCGGACCGGUCAGGUAAUCAUCGAUGGCCUCGUGGACGCCACCAAGAAUGGAACGGCCAUCACAGAGGAGUUCCUCGAUACCGUGAAGAAUGCCACAUCGCAGUUCUCCGACGAGACGGUGCAGUUUGCCCAGAAAAUCGCCGAAGCCGUGCACAAGGCUGUCACCGAUGGAAUCACGGACUUCUCCUCCACUCUGCGGUCCGUCAUCGAUCGGCUGCGUGGUGGCAUUGAUCGGGUCAGGAAUGUCCUGAAGCGAAAGGCCUUGAAGGAUGCUCUGGCCACGCUCCAAAGCGUAGAUGCCGCCGUCUCCGAUCUCGAAGGUGCCGUGAACAACCUCUACGAUAAGAUGGAUGAAAAGAAGCAGGAAUAUGCCGCCGAAAUCCAGGAGAAGUGGGGCAACUGGGCUGCUGCCCAACUGGAGCGAGUGGAUCAGCAGACGAAUGGCGUUGGGAACGAGGAGGCCGAGGAGGUCAUCAAUGAGCUGGUGGACCGCUACUCCGGCUACCUGCAGAGCUGCGUGGAGGAGUUGCAGGUGCACCACGCCGUUUACGAGAAGAAUGUGCACCAGGCCAUUGCCAAGUACCAUAAUGCCACCAACGUUCUGAGCUCCAAGAUCGAGUCCUGUCUGCGCAGUCCCCUGGGAGUCCUCAGCUGCCAAAAUGGCAUCGGUCAGGCCCUCAAUGGACUCGACUCUGCUCCCUCGGAACUGGUCAGCCUUAAGCUCCAGGGCCUGCGACUCCUGGGCAUCGGUCUGGAUGCCAGCGGGUGUGUGGGCCAGACCCUGGCCGAACACGAACUGGAAAAGCCCAGUGUGGAGCGAAAGCUGAACGAGAUCAUCAAGCGGUAUCUUAACCAAAAGGGUUCCACCGUCGACGACGACUCAAGUUCCGAGGAGAAGCCUUCCACCGAUGGUGGAUCUGACGCGCAGGAAGAGGACAACUCCAGUAAUGAUGACAACUCCAGCGAUGACAACUCCAGUGAUGAUAACGAAUCCUAGUCGGAUUAAUCAAAUAAUCGUAUAGUAAUUAUUAGGUGUGGGGUAAAAGCAGCAUAAUAAAUUUUUCUUUAAUGCAACAAAAAA